AUGAAGCUAGCUAGUAGCUACUAAUAUAGAAGAGGAAAAAGGCAGGGCAGCACGAUGAUGAAUGCGUGAAAUUACAUUUGCUUCGAAUUUCUUCUCUUCAACAUGAGGUGCAAAUCUUGCGAGAGCAGGUUCCAAGAUUAUUACGCCGAUACCUGCAAGCAGUGCCACGAGCACAACAAGGCCAAGGUCGCUUUUCUCGGGGCCACCCAGCCGGCUUCAUUCUCCGACGUCGUUCUGUUUGCCUCCGACGACGAGGCCGCUGGUCCCAUCCCGGCCCAUAAGGCCGUUUUGGUGAGCCGUUCUCCGGUGUUUAGAGCCAUGUUUGAGAAUGAGAUGGAAGAAAGCCUGAGCGGCAUCAUCAAGAUUGGCGAAGUGUCCUACCUCACCCUUGGUGCCUUUGUCAACUACCUCUACACUGCUGAGGUACGCCUUGACCAGCAAUUCGCCUGUGACCUCUUUGUAAUGGCUGAAAAAUACCAGGUGCAGCAUCUCAAAGACUACUGCCAGAAUUUCUUGGUGGCCAACCUCAACUGGGACAAUUCACUUUCGACCUACACCUUAGCGCACCGGCAUAAUGUCAAGCAGAUCAUCGACGCGGCCUUAACAGUGAUCACAGACAACAUGGACAAGCUUACUUCCCGGAAGGAGUACGCCAAGCUCAAGGAGAAAGAUCCGCAACUCGUGUUCCAAAUCUAUGAAGUUUUUCUCUCCAGACAUUCUUCAUUUUCCUGUGUGCGCACGGUUUCUUCCGAUGACUGUCACUACUGGUGAUAUGAAACCGAGCCCCAAUUUUCAACAACUUCGGCCUUCACUGUGCUGUAGGUUUUACUUGUUCAUGAAUAAUCAAUUUGGUUUUACUGUAGAGCAUUUCCAGACUCCGGCAACGAUAGCCAAGUUUGACUUAAAAUGCCUAAUGAGUUACUGUAAUUACUAGGCACUUGUAAAUGCUCCUCCAACAAUGCCUGUCAAUUUUUUUUGGUUAAUCUUCAAUAUUCAAUUAUCCUUUAAAUUAACAAAUAAACAGAUUGGGACAUACAGAAAUUGUGUUAUUGGCUAAAAGUAUGCUCGAGGAGUAGUUUUUGGGAGAAUUUUAGCUAAAAAUGACUUGGGAGUAGUUAGAGCAUUAGGCAAUACUUUCUCCCAUCUCUUUGAUUCAAGUGUUUUCUCCCUUAGCUAGGCAUAUUAUUUUCUUUAAAUAUGUCAAGAUUUAGUGGCGCUCCUAUUUGUAUAUGGAACAUAUCUCCCUUUUAGAUAUGGGCUUUUUGUUUCUGGAGGCUUGGGGUUAUCUUCUGGAGGAGAAGCUAAUGUCUAUUGUCAGAGUUUGGGUGCUGUGACCUGGUGGAGAAAUGAUGGUGUUGUGAUGCUUGUAUGAGUGUCUGGAGGAAGAUAGUGGAUAUGCUCUUUCUCUUACUGAUACUGUCCUCUUUUCCAAAUACUGGCAAAAGUAGAGUUGUUUGCCGAUUGCUGGUUUUGAUUUGGCACUAAUUUACACGAGAAUUAUGCUCUGUUUGUUUAUGUAGU